AGUCAGUAUGCUGUGGAGUCGGUUUGUUAGCGCCACUUUUAGCAGGAGUCUCUCUCUCAGUCAAGUGCACUAUUUCAUGACGAUGGCUCCCGUGAGGAACAGAGUGUUUGUUGUUGGCGUCGGAAUGACGAAGUUUGAUAAGCCAGGUGCGAGAGAUGGAGAUUAUCCAGAAAUGGCCAAAGAAGCAGGAGAGAAAGCAUUGGCUGAUGCAGGAGUACCCUACUCUGCUGUCGAGCAGGCGUGUGUGGGUUAUGUUUACGGCGACUCCACAUGCGGACAGCGUGCCAUAUACCACAGCCUGGGUAUGUCGGGCAUCCCCAUAAUCAACGUCAAUAACAACUGUUCCACAGGUUCCACGGCGAUCUUCAUGGCCAGACAACUCGUCCAGGGAGGUUUGGCUGACUGUGUGCUCGCUUUGGGGUUCGAGAAAAUGGAAAGAGGCUCUUUGUCUUCUAAGUAUAUGGACAGGACUAAUCCUAUGGACAAACACAUGGAGGUGAUGAUCAACCGAUACGGCAUGGCUCCAGCUCCGGGCGCGCCUCAGAUGUUUGGCAACGCUGGGAGAGAGCACAUGGAGAAGUACGGAACUAAACCAGAGCACUUUGCUAAAAUUGCCUGGAAGAAUCACAAGCACUCGACUAACAACCCGUAUUCUCAGUUCCAGGACGAGUACAGCCUGGAGCAGGUGAUUAAUUCCCGCAAGGUUUUCGGGUACCUCACACUUCUCCAGUGCUGUCCUACAUCUGAUGGAGCCGGAGCAGCAGUGCUAGCCAGCGAGGGCUUUGUGAGGAAGCACGGUCUGGAGAACAAAGCCGUGGAGAUCAUCGCUCAGGAGAUGGUCACUGAUCUCUCUACGACAUUCGAGGAGAACAGCUGCAUCAAGAUGGUUGGCUACGACAUGACUCGCCUCGCUGCCAAAAAGUGCUUCGAGUCGGCAGGACUGAAACCGGCGGAUGUCGAUGUCAUCGAGCUGCACGACUGUUUCUCGGCCAACGAGCUCAUCACGUAUGAAGCGCUCGGCCUUUGUCCUGAAGGUAGGGCCGGAGAGCUGAUCGACCGAGGAGACAACACGUAUGGGGGCAAGUGGGUGGUUAACCCAAGUGGAGGGCUCAUAUCGAAGGGACACCCACUUGGAGCUACAGGUCUGGCCCAGUGUGCAGAGCUGUGCUGGCAGUUAAGAGGCGAGGCGGGGAAAAGGCAGGUCCAGAGGGCGAAGGUCGCUCUGCAACACAACAUUGGCCUCGGUGGAGCCGUAGUCGUCACUCUGUACAGGAUGGGAUUCCCUCUAAAAGCAAGAUCUCGAAUCGGCGCAGUGCUCACCAGCGCAGCCGCAGGACUGGAGGCCUUCAAAUCUCAUUCAGUGUUUAAAGAAAUCGAGAAGAAACUGCAGGAGGAAGGAGAAGCAUACGUCAAAAAAGUCGGUGGCAUUUUUGCUUUUAAAGUGAAGGACGGGCCGGAUGGGAAAGAAGCUCUGUGGGUGGUGGAUGUGAAGAACGGGAAAGGAUCAGUGAGCAACAACGCAGGGAUAAAAUCAGACUGUACGAUCACAAUGUCUGACGCCGAUCUCCUUGACUUGAUGACCGGCGGACUGAAUCCACAAACUGCCUUUUUCCAAGGAAAACUAAAGAUUUCUGGGAACAUGGGAAUGGCGAUGAAGCUACAGAACCUCCAGCUGACACCAGGCAAAGCCAAACUGUGAAGAAUUCCGGCUAAAAUCCAUGGCCACAAUCUACAAUAUAUAUAAUCUCAAACCUCAAGACGUAUUACAGCCGGCAUUUCAAAUGAAGAUAUAUCUAACUUUUGCAACAAUAUAAGAUAAAGUCCUGAAGUCCCUGAGAAUGAUGGACAGGUCAAGCUGCGACCAUGGUCAAAGUUUCAACAGAUUAUAACAACUUUACCUCUUCUAAAUUAGUCUCCAGAUGCUAGGUUAAUAAACAAACGGUUAACUCAUAUUUGUUUAUUACAUGACUUACACUACACCACAUAAUGUGCCUCUUAUACAGAGAAUGAUAAUAAUGAUAAUGUUUCAUCUGUAGUAAUCCUUAGGGAGGAUUGAUUACUGUGAAUCUAGUGAGAUUAUUUUAGUGAGGUUGUGGAAUAAUAAUAAUAAUUAUAAUAAUAACAAAACCCAAAAAUUCGAUUGUUAUAGAAAUGGUAAGAUAUUAGCUAAGCAUUUCAUAUAAAUGCAAGACCUCUUUGUUGUACUGUUAAUUGUAUAUGCAGAUUAUAAAAAGCUAAUUUUUUAAAAUA